UUUCUACCAGUUUCCACAAAACAAUACUCAAGUACACUACAAUACAAGUAUAUUGUUAUUUCCACGAACAUGGUAUUGUCUCAAAAUUUAUUCGAAUAAACACAAGUACACAACAAUAUAUAGUUUCAUCUUAAAACCUGGAAGUGCACAGUUGGUAACUUAAAAAAAUUGUUUGUUACGUGCAAGUCUCACGUCAGAAGUCCAUAUUUGCAUCUCAGAUGCAUGAGAAUCUUGUUUACUCAGCUUACUUUUAUAAAUUUUAAAUCUUGGAGCUAUUAUAUAGUGUACAAAUUAAAGAUGAAAUAUUUUCACUUCAAGGCAAACAAGUAGUUAUACUCUGGUGGAAAUGUCGAGGAGCUAAGGUUGUUAGAGGACCAUAAGAUGCAUGUUUCAUUCUUACAAAUUUGUAUUAUUCAGAUGACUGUGUUCUUUUGAGCUGAAAUCAACAAAUACAAGAAGUUUUAUCAGGGACAACCAUGGAUCUCUGGCUGGUUUUCUGUGGGAAGUAUGAGUGUUCUCAGAGGGCUGGAGAAACUUGCAGUUCAAUUUUUACAACUAUCCUUGAUCCAUCCUCAUGUACCAAUCAAAUUCUGGUCAUUUCUGCAAAUAUCCUACUUCUGAUGAUUCUUGUUUUCCUCUCUUUUACUAAGUUUUCAUCAAGAAAGUGCGUGGCAUCCUCCGAGUUCCAAGGCAAUUCCGUCUCGUCAAGUUGUUCCUACAUUUUCAAUGUCAGUUUAGCUUUAUCAUACUUGUGUUUUGGGAUAUGGAAAGUUUCAGACAAAGUCAUCAGAGAACAAACUAUUCCGCCACUCCUCCAAUGGCUAGUUCCGUUGUCACAAGGGCUCAUGUGGUUGCUGCUAAGUUUAUUUUCUAUCAACAAGAAACAACAUAUUUCUUCACUGGUGAAGCUGUGUCUUUUUCUUGCAAGCUUACUAGCAGCAUUUAUUUGCAUUUCAUCCAUAUGGCAAGUAAUCGUAGAGAACAUAGUAUCCACAAAGUCAGUCUUGGACAUGUUACCACUUCUAGGGGCGAUUCUAAUGAUCAUUUCUGAGUCAGAAGUCCAAAAGAAAUUAAGCACAUGCGAACCUCUUUUGGAAAAAGUUGAAUCAAAGGAGAAUACAACUCCAUUUGCCAAAGCCGGAAUUUUUAGCAGAUUGUCCUUUUUCUGGUUGAAUGAUUUAUUGAAGAAGGGCAAGGAGAAAACUCUUAACGAUGAGGAUAUUCCAGAGUUGAGGCUGGAGGAUCAAGCUGGAACGCUGUACUCGUUAUUUAAAGAGCAAGUGAAUAAAAGAAAGGAAAAUACUUCAUAUGCUCGGUCUUCUGUAUUUUCCGCAAUAGUAUUCUGUCAAUGGAAAGCCAUUAUGGUAUCUGGAUUCUUCGCAUUGAUUAAGACAGUGACUGUGUCAAUAGGGCCUUUGUUUCUUUACGCCUUCAUUGAGGUUGCCAAAGGGAAAGGAUCUUUCAAAUAUGAAGGUUAUGUGUUAGCCGGGGGAAUCCUUAUUGCUAAAUGCAUAGAAUCAUUAGCAGAGAGGCAAUGGUUUUUCAGGACUAGACUAAUCGGCCUUCAAGUUAGAUCUUUGCUAACUGCAGCUAUAUACGACAAGCAACUCCGUCUUUCAAACACUGCUAAGAAUACUCAUUCACCUGGUGAGAUAAUAAACUAUGCCACCGUUGAUACUUAUAAGAUUGGUGAAUUUCCAUAUUGGUUUCAUCAAAUAUGGACAACAGGCGUUCAGAUAUGCAUUGCAUUAGUCAUAAUGUAUUAUGCUGUGGGACUGGCUACCGUGCCAGCUCUAGUAUUAGUUGUAGCAAGUGUGCUAGGAAAUUCUCCAGUCGCCAAAUCACAGCACAAGUGCUUGACAGAGCUUAUGGUUACACAAGAUAAAAUGCUAAGGGCCAUAACGGAAGCACUUACUAGUAUGAAAGUGUUGAAGUUGUACGCUUGGGAGAAACAUUUUAAGAAUGCAAUUGAAAAGCUAAGAGACGAAGAAUACAGAUGGUUAACGGCAUUGCAGAUUCAGAAAGGCUAUUACCUGAUUUUGUUUUGGUCAACGCCAAUUAUAGUAUCUGCAGUUACUUUCUGGUCUUGCUACUUACUCAAAGUCCCUUUGAAUACCACUAAUGUCUUCACAUUCCUAGCCACUUUACGCAUCGUUCAGGAACCUAUUAGGUCAGUUCCUGAUAUUCUCGGAGUAUUCAUAGAAGCAAAAGUCUCUUUAUCUCGAAUUGUGGAAUUUCUUGAGGCUUCUGAGUUGCAAAACAGACAUAUCGAGCAGAAGUACCGGGGAAAGGAACUUGAGCAGUCCAUAAUUAUCAAGUCAAAUGGGGUAUCAUGGGAUGCGAGUUCGCCAAAUCCUGCAUUGAAAAGUGUAAACCUUCGUGUUAAAUCGGGGCAAAAGUUAGCUAUCUGUGGAGAAGUUGGUUCUGGUAAAUCAACUCUUUUAGCUGCAAUUCUCGGAGAGGUUCCAUACAUCGAUGGCUUGGUUCAAGUUCAUGGAUCGGUGGCAUACGUUUCUCAGAAUGCAUGGAUUCAGACAGGAACAAUAAGGGAGAACAUACUUUUUGGUUCCGCAAUGGAUCAACUUAAAUACCAAGAAGUACUUGAAAGGUGUUCACUUGUGAAGGACCUUGAAAUGCUUCCUUUUGGUGACCAAACGAUUAUUGGAGAAAGAGGUGUUAACCUCAGUGGCGGACAGAAGCAGCGAGUUCAGCUGGCACGUGCAUUGUAUCAAGAUGCAGACAUAUACCUGUUGGACGAUCCAUUCAGUGCAAUUGAUGCACAUACCUCAACCUGUCUGUUUAAUGAAUAUGUCAUGGGAGCUCUUUCUGGAAAAACAGUCUUGCUUGUGACUCAUCAAGUAGAUUUCCUUCCUACAUUUGAUUCAAUAUUGCUAAUGUCUGAAGGGAAGAUCAUACAAUCAGCUUCCUUUGAUCAGUUGCUUCUUUCUUGUGAAGAGUUUCAAAACCUCAUUCAUGCACAUGGCGAGGCAACUAAAAGUGAGUGUUCUCCACAAGAAAGGACCAAAAGCUCCGAAGAAAAUAUUCGUCAAUUGUGUGCAGAAGAGCAGCCUGUUGGUGAGCAGUUGAUCAAACAAGAAGAAAGAGAAACAGGAUACACCGGUCUUAAGCCUUAUAAACAAUAUCUUGGACAAAGCAACGGAUUUUUAUACCUCCUUUUGGCGAUAUUUUCACACCUCAUAUAUAUGGUUGGGCAGCUAGGACAAAAUCUUCUGUUAGCUGCUGAUUUACAGAGUUCAAAAACCAGCAAAUUUAAUCUCAUCUUACUAUACUCAUCCAUAGGUUUUGGUAUGUCAUUAACCUUGUUCCUUAGGUCCUAUGCAGUGAUUGAUUUAGGCCUCAAGUCUUCAAAAUCUAUUUUUACUAAGCUACUAACGUCUAUAUUCCGAGCACCAAUGUCAUUCUACGACUCAACCCCACUCGGAAGAAUACUUAGUCGGUUGUCUUCUGACCUCAGUGUUUUAGAUCUUGACAUGUCGUUUCGAUUCAGUCAAGCGUUGGCCUCUACCUUGACCACAUAUUUUAGCUUAGGAAUAUUGGCUGCUCUCACCUGGCCAAUCUUGAUUGUCAUUAUACCGACGAUUUAUAUGACAGUGAUUUUACAGAGAUUCUAUUUUGCUUCAGCAAAGGAACUUAUGAGAAUUGAUGGCACAACAAAGUCAUCGGUUGCUAGCCAUCUUGCUGAAGCCAUCGCGGGGGCAAUGACCAUCAGAGCUUUCGAGGAGGAGGAUCGUUUUUGCACAGAAUAUUUGCGCCUUGUUGAUAAAAAUGCAAUUGCAUUUUUCCACAGCUUUUCAGCAACCGAGUGGUUGAUCCAACGGUUGGAGAUACUAUGUGCCUUAGUUCUCUCGUCCUCGGCCUUAGCCAUGGUUUUACUUCCCUUCGAAGGUUCUGACUCAGGAUAUAUUGGCAUGGCUCUGUCAUACGCUCUUUCCUUAAACGUAGUCCUAGUUCCGUCGGUCCAAAACCAAUGCAUGCUAGAAAAUUCGAUUAUUUCAGUAGAAAGGCUAGAGCAAUACAUGCAUAUUCCUAGUGAACGUGCUGAAAUUAUACAAGGCAACAGACCUGAUCCUUCUUGGCCUUCCACUGGUAAAGUUGAGAUUGUUGAUUUAAAGGUCAGAUAUCAACCCAAAGCUCCACUAGUUCUACAAGGCAUUAGCUGCAUAUUUGAAGGUGGACAUAAAAUUGGAGUUGUUGGCAGGACAGGUAGUGGGAAAACAACUCUUAUUAGCGCCUUAUUUCGCUUGGUAGAGCCAACGGAAGGAAUGAUCAUCAUAGAUGGCCUAAACAUUUCAACAAUCGGGAUUCAUGAUCUUCGAUCUUCUUUAUCGAUCAUUCCACAAGAUCCAACGCUUUUUAGCGGGACAGUUCGAUACAAUAUUGACCCCUUGUCAGAGCACACUGAUCAGGAGAUAUGGGAGGUUUUGGGCAAAUGUCAACUUCGAGACGUUGUUCAACAGAAAGAAGGAAAACUAGACUCCUCAGUGGCACAAGAUGGAUCAAAUUGGAGCAUGGGACAAAGACAAUUAUUUUGUCUUGGAAGAGCAUUAUUAAAAAGAAGGAAAAUAUUAGUGCUUGAUGAAGCAACUGCAUCAAUUGAUAAUGCAACAGAUUCAAUAAUACAGAAAACAAUAAGGACAGAAUUUGAGGAUUGCACAGUGAUAACAGUGGCUCACAGAAUCCCAACAGUGAUGGACUGCACUAUGGUUCUUGCUAUAAGUGAUGGGAAGCUGGUAGAGUAUGAUAAGCCAAUGAAACUUAUGAAAAAGGAAAGUUCACUAUUUGGGCAGCUUGUUAAUGAAUAUUGGUCACGUUCUCAAAAUGCUGACAUACAAAUUAAGUCCAUAUGAGUAGCCAAUGUGGAACUCAUGAAUAAGGAUUUAAGUUGUAUACAUUUAAUUAGUGCUUAUAUAGCGUGUUAUUUUAUUUUUCAGGUUACCAAUUCAUAUACCUACUAGACAUUAAUCUACAAUUAGCUUUUAAUUAAGAUAGGGUAGUUUAAUAAAUCAUAGUAAGAAUGUAAUAUAAUUAUGAUUUAAGUUAUAUGUGCUGAUAGUAAAAAAGUUUACACUAUCCAGUGCCAUUUUACUUG